UUCACCAAGUCAUCGCACCAGCGCAUCGGGCGAAAGCGACCCAGGAAUUUCUUCGCGAAAACAACUUUGAAGUGGUUUGUCAUGCUCCCUACUCACCUGAGCUGGCUCCAAGCUAGUUUUGUCCUUUUCCAACGAUGAAAGAAGCGCUCCAUGGUUGCACAUUCUUCAGCCGUGUCGCUACUGCAACUGCGAUUUUCCAAUGGUCGAAGCAGACUCCUGAAGAAACGUCACGGAAUCAUGGCGUCGACGUUGUAAGGCACAGGUAAUGUCAGCUUCUCGGUUUCGAGUUGUGCAAGAAUGGCACAAAUGGUUUACAGAAAAUGUUAAUUAUGAAUCAGCAUAUGAAGGCUUCAACAUUUUUAUAGCACUUUUACUGUUUGCCUUGUAUGUUUACGUAGCUGAAAUUGUUGAAUUUGUUUGUGACAUGUAUAUGAUAGAAAGACCAGGAAUAAAAAGAAAACAUGGAAAGUCAAAGAAGAUGCAAGAAAGUGCAGAUGCAAAGAAUUCACAUGAGGGCAAAGAGGUAGAAGAUGACACUGCAAUGCACAACAAGUAGUGAAGUAUUCAAACAACAGAGGCGACUAAUAACAUAAUUCAUUGAAACAGUGCUGCAUUGAAACUCAUAAACAACUUCUAUUUAAUUUUUUGUGCUAAAUGCUUUUUUUUCUCUUCAUAACGUAAUUUGAUGAAAUCAUGUAAACUUUGACAAUAAAAAGUUUUUUUUAGAAAACAAGUGUGCAAAUCAUUGCCAUUAAUAAAAAAAAAAAUUUAAGAAGAUGGGAA